AUGGCCGAAGUGCCGUCCCCGUCCCAGACUGCGGCGCUGCUCGACAUCCUGACCCAUUACGACACCUACGCCCAGAUACGAGAGUUCCGCAGACCCGGCAGCCUUGCCAGGUAUGGCCCUCCGUUCACAGCCCAGAAGGACACUCCAUCGAACUCGCCGGCUCUGCAGGCGCUUGUGUCACGGUACUUGUUGAACCUGCCCGGACUGAACAACCUCCCCGAGAAGUGGUGGACCGUGCAAUGCCACGAAAUCAUCGAGAACCUGGAGAAAGCGAACCUGAGCGAGAGCUACGACAAGGGCGUCAUUGGCAGCCGCAAGACGCUCGCGGCCGCCAUCUCUGCUCUGAUCGAGUAUCCCGUCCGAGGCACCUUUGCGGGCUUCCCACGGAUCAAGGACCGAGAUGAGAACUACGAUCUGACCAACGCCGAGGAUCUGCGCCGUGCCUUUCGUGACUUCCUCCACGAAUCUGUCUACGGAGAUAUCCUGGACCAGAUGGUCGAGAAGACGGCUACGACGGACAAUCUCGAGGACCAUCCGCAGUUGACCAAAGCUGUGCACGAGUUUGUGCUUGUCAACCUCGCCUCCUUGAUGCACUACACGCUCAUCUUGUCGCCCAAGGGACAGUAUCUGCUGAAGCUGGUGGACAAUGCCAACAAGCUCGUCCCUUACAUGGUUCUGCGGCAAACCCUCAAGAUCGGCAAUGUGGCCACCAUGAUCAACGCCAUGGUCAAAGUCGGGCUCGCCAAGAUGAGCGUUGCCAGUGUCACCAACUGGAUGGGAUUGACCAAGGAUCAGGACGAAGGGAGCAAUCUCAUGCAGACCAUCAUUUCCACCGUCCUCGGCUGGGACAUCAAAGACCUCGAGUUACGCGGCUCCAGACUCGAACGAGAACGUGCGCAGCUCGGCAAAGAACAACUCCUCGCCCUAAAAAAAUACACGACCAAGUCGCAAGACGAGCAAGAUCGAAUACGCAAAGAAAGCCAAACGCAGUCCAUCUCCAUCGUCACCGCCAUCUUAAAGGACGCCAAAUCCCCGUCGACCGAGCUGACCGACAUGCACCACAAGCAGGCACUCGAAUAUCUGUCCAUCCAGCUCUCGAUUCGCGACCGCAGACAACUCAUCCAGGUCCUCUGCAAAUCCACGCCCGAUCAUCUCACAAUGUCGGUCCGAGAAGUGGUCGACGCCUACGAGCCCGUCAUCCGAAGGAUGCACAAGGCCAUCGACCUGGCCUCGACGCUCUCGGACUUUGAAUACUUCCUCAAAGACCUGAUCAAGCUCGCCCGGAUCCGCACCGACCACAAGACGAACAAGGCCGUUGUCCCGACGGUUGGCGACUUUGUGCAACUCCUCCGCAAGCACCAGCGGUCAUGCCACGUCUUCAUGCACCAAUGUGCCAAGAACGACAAGGAGCUCACGGGAUGGUAUCUCGACUGGGCAAGGACCGCGGCGUCACAAUUCAAACAAGACCCAGACGACGACCACCCCGGGCCCGAGACGACAGCGAAGCACGGCAAAGGCGGCGCCGGCAAUCUCACGCCGGCGCUGCACAGCCUCUUCGCCUCGCUCGACGAGGCCACCCGAUCGCGCAUCCUCCCCAUCCUCGACUCGCACUCGGAAUUCCUAGAGGACAUGCACGCGCAGUCUCUCUCGCGGCUAGCGUUGGUCCUGAAAUCCCCGCCCUCGAAGAACCCGCACAUCGCCAAGAUCUUCUCGUCCGCGCCGACUCACUCCUCGUCGAGCAGCCGUCCAUCGUCGCGGCCACCGUCCCCAGCUCCACCUCCCGAGCGCAGCAACAAUGGCAACACCAGCGGCGGCACGGAAACGCCAACCCCCACGUCCAUUGUCUCGGAAUCGCAAAGCGACACGUCGCGCGAAAUCAAAGAACAGCCCACCCCAACGGAGGUGUCCUCGAGUCCUGGUCCCGGCGCGUUCUUGGCCCGCUGGCAGGCCUUACUUGACGCCACGCCCAUCACGCCGCUCACCCAGCACGGCAGUCUCAAGGCCGCGAGCAGUCCCGAGGUCGUGCAGUCUAGUGCCACGGACGUGGACGGAUCGCGCCUCGUCGACUUUGCUGCCAAGGAGGCGAAGGGGGAGAAGAUCAGGGUGGAGGAUCAGCGGCGGAAAGGAAGCGAGCAGAAGGCGGAGGAGAUUAAUCAGAGUCAGAAUCGAGACCACAAACCAGACGAAGUAGGCAUAGGAAUGGAUGCUCGAAAGAGGCAGCGCGAAUUGAGAGCCGUGAUCGACGCCCUGGGGAGGGAGUUUCGAGACUUACUCGCCAAGAGGGGGUGUUAUUGGUAG